AUGACAAGGUAUAUGGGGGAUGAUGCAAGACGUGGACCUUCCUGUAUAUCCAAUCCUGGUCUCUUUCUCACCGACCCCCCUCGAGAGCCGAUUCAUGCUGGCCUUCAACUGGAUGAAUCAGGUGCUGCCUUGUGCGGCUGUACUUUGCCAAACACACCAAAAACGUGUUCGACGCACCCUCGACCUCCAUCCACUAUCAUCCAACUCGCAACAGGUCUUCUCUCUAUGUCCCAGUCGUCUCAAACCUACUCUUUCCAGGCUGGAAAUCAACACGUAUUCAACGGUGUCCGCGACGCCAGGAUAGGGAAGGCGAUAUUUAAUAAUGUCGGUCGCGAUCAGUUCAAUCAGAAUCUUUAUACUGGAAAUCCACUUUGGGAAGCGAUUGCAGACGUCGGUGCAUCUCAUAAUUCAGAACAACAGGUUGACCGGGACGGUUGCAUGCCUGGAACUCGUGAAGCGGUUCUCAACCUGAUUCGACAAUGGAGAGUCCCCGGGUGCCAGAGCUUACCGGUAUGUUGGCUUUCUGGUGCUGCAGGGGUAGGGAAGUCGGCCAUCGCAUUGAGUGUUGCCGAAGAAUGCGAGGAAGAUGGUCUUGUGGCCUCGUUCUUCUUUUUCAGAUCGGACCCCAAGCGAAACAAUGCCUCCUCCCUCAUUUUAUCUAUCGCACACGGCCUUGUAGUUACGAGACCGCAUUUAAAGCCAUUUCUUGACCAGAAAAUCGCCGCUGACCCGCGGAUCCUCAAGGCUAGGUUAGAAGAUCAAUACAAGAAGCUGAUUCUACAAAACCUGAAUCAUCCUCCCCCUUCAUCUACUCAAAGUACCCCCGACCUGGUCAUCAUCGAUGGCCUAGAUGAAUGUGGUGAUGCUGCUAUGCAGCGCCGUGUCCUCUCCAUCAUAUUUUCCACCUAUCAACAACUAUUCCAUCACCCUUUGCGAUUCCUCAUAUGCAGCCGUCCUGAAUCCUGGAUUCGACAAGAGUUUUGUCGGUUCAGUGAGUUGACCAAACAUAUCAAACUGGACGAUUCGUUCUGCCCCCAGUACGACAUCGAACUUUACCUCAAUCACCAAUUCCUAGAGAUCCGCAGAGACCCCCAAUAUUCACAAGUUAAAUUUCCAUACCCAUGGCCGACUUCUCGUGACGUUGAGUUGCUGGUUGAGAAAGCCGAUGGCCAAUUCAUUUAUCCGUCGAUUGUAAUAAAGUUCGUCAAGGCGGAGUACGCACUUCCAACUGAACAGCUCUGCAUCAUCCUCAAUGCUAUAUCCAACCAGUCUUCCGAUUCCUCGAGAGAGUCGCCCCUCAAUGAUCUCGACGAACUUUACCUCAUGGUAUUGCGUGCCAACCCUGACCGCAAUAAGCGUCUGCUCCCCAUUCUAGCAGUGAUAGUCGUAUUUUCGGCCACAUCGUCUCCAGCAUUCAUCGAAUUUGUACUCGGACACUCCCCGGGCACAGUUUCUCAGACGUUACGUGCGAUGCACUCGGUGCUUGACGUCCGUGAUGAUUGGGGGUAUGAGAUCAGGAUUUACCACAAAUCCUUCACCGAUUUCCUCUUUGACCAGGCACGGUCAAGGGAGUUCUUUAUCGACGAGUCAAUGUGGAAGGACUCCCUGGCCUGUCGGUGGACUAGGGCUCUGGUUGAGCAGUGCAGAAAAGACCCUGAGCUACUGAUAGGUCACAAAAAUUUAUAUGACUCUUUACAGGGGUUGGUAGAAGACUGGAACAAUGACUGCCUUUCCCAAGUGGAUGGCUGCAUGAGUAAUGCGUUGAUGUCGGAGGUGGAUGCUUUCUACCACCUGGUUUUAUCCAUUUCCGUGGAGUUUGUGGGUCACGACAUGCUCCUUCACAUACUUGCUGCGAUUCUCCUGCUUCCAUCUGAUGGCCCACGGUCUCCUAAUUUCAUCCAACUAUUACUUGGACUUUGCACAGAAGCUUUAGAUCAGACAUUACACACAAUGGACGCCGUCCUUCGGGUGAGAUCAUCGGAUAUGUGGCGUAUCUUCCUUCAUGACACCCAUCCUACAUUUCGGGACUUCCUUUUUGACCGAUCUCGGUCAAAGAGCUUUUUCAUUGAAAAGGACGAUCAGAGUGACUUUCUUGCUCGGAAAUGCCUCCGUCUUUUCCAGAUGGAUGACAGCCCUCAAGAUCAGCUUUUGCUCCAGAAUUGGGCUCGCGUCUGCACUAUUGUCGACAAUCCCACCGAGGAAUUGUUGCUCGAACUUAACUGUAUGGAUUUAGGUGUCGUCCUCGCGAAAUCUCUCGACUAUUCGCAUGAUCUGUUCCGUGACUUUGAAACAAUCUCAACCUGGCUAACAUCUAAAACCGACAGCGUGGCUUCCUCUGGUAUUAUUGAUCAUUUUGAAAACGUCCAAAGAGGAUACCACAUUCGAAGGAUAACGCAAGAUGUCCAGCCAGGAUUCCACGAUGACGUCGUCACCAUGAUCAUCAUGUGCCCAUGGAUCCUUCAAGGGGAGGAUCCAUUUAGCCUUCGCCGCUCGACGAUAAUGAGACACUUGUUUCGCGGCGUGGACUACAACUCCCCGGGACUCCGUGACUUGGUCAAGAUCAAACUGCGCUCAGCCGAGUUUUGCAGGUGCUCGAGGUCUGAUUUUGAAUGCGUUUCAACUCCGAUGCCUAGUACAGACCUGUAUCAUAUCAGUUUCCAAGCUGGUUGUGCUCGAGUCUUCAAAGGAUUGGUAGCUAGUUUGGGGUCACUCGGGAAACUUUUUGACAUCGAUAUCGUCAAGUGCCUAUUGGUGCUUCGUCCAGGUCUACUGACGCGAUGUCUCCCCCUACCUGAACUCCUUCCCCACUUUCGGAUGCUUUUGGAUUUUGCUAAGACACUGGGAGUAGGCAACUAUCGCCGGGGGGCUUUGCAACAGUCACGAGAGCUGCUGUCAUGGCUCGAGAAAUUCCCUGCCUAUUGUGCCCAUGAAAUUGAAACUAUCAGAAACGAUCUCCUGUCUCUAUGA